AUGCCCCCGCAUUUCAGUAAAGGCUGCUCGCCUUGCCGUGCGCGCAAAGUCAAGUGUGACGAGCAUCGCCCAUCGUGCCGGCGAUGCAUUCGACGUGGUGACCUUUGUUCGGGUUAUCGUGACCCUGUAUCGCUGCUCUUCCGGGAUGAAACCGAAAAGGCACAAAAGCUGUCCAUGCGCCGCCGUGCCUCGAUGCAGAACUUUUCGAGCUCUAGUUCGUCGAGCCAAGACUCCCCUGUCACCGUAACCUCCCAAACCACACAAUCGUCUGCACACGACCAUACCAGCCUCUCAUCUGUAGAGGUAUCCGACUUCAACCUCGACAAGCUUUAUCCCUGGGUCAAAGCGACUCCAACUGCUCUAGAGUCUUCUAUAGAAGAACAGGCAGUAUCCCAAUUUUUGAGAACUUCGCUGCCAGGCUUUCUUGAGUAUCUCCCAUGUCUAUUCGAAGAAGUGAAUACAGAUAGGAGGGUGGCGCUGCGGUGGGCGGUUUAUGCUACCUCCUAUGCAAGUAUGUCCAAUGAUCAAGACAGCGAAGCUCUCGGCGAUAAAGCGCUUCACUGUUAUGGGCAAGCUUUGUCCACUCUGGUAGAGGCUUUAGCAAAACCUGAAGGGAAAGCGGAUGAUUAUAUUCUGAUGACAGUCGUUAUACUAGACCUGUUUGAGGCCAUCCAUCUGAAGAACCCGCUAUCUCGGGGGUCGCACGCCCAAGGAAUGGCUCAGAUUCUCCGUCUUCGUGGACAUGACCAGUUCUACGACCCACGUAGUUGGAGUUUAUUCCGUCUCGCCCAUCAUCGUAUUCAAAAACAACAGCUGGCGUUUAGCCAGGAGCCGCUCCCAGAAUCCAUAGACUGGUUCAACUCUCUCAAUGAAAUGCUACCCUACGUCCAAAACGAGAAGGACAACUUAGAGAUAAGUAAAACCUGCAAGCGUGCGCGAGAUCUCCGCCAACGCCUAGAUAAUACCGACUUCCCCAUUACUGAGGUCUUAGACAUGGUAGAGGAAAUUCAACAGCUUGACCGAACGACCGAGUCAUGGCGAGAUGGACCACAGUGGAAGUACAAAAUUAUCCACCGGUCUGAUGUUAUAGGCGAUAAACAGACGAUAGCAGUUCUCAACCUUCCCGAAUUCAUCCAGCUUCACCGCGACGUUUGGAUAGCGUAUGAGUGGAACUAUCAUCGAACAGCCCGGAUUCUCCUUCACGAGCAGCUCUUACGCUGUCUCCACCGACUCGAUGAUAGGUAUCCAGAUUGUUCAGAAAAUUUGCAAAAGGCUCUAGAAGCAUUCAAGCGAGAUUCUGUAGAAACUGUACGAGCUCUAGCGGAUGCCGUGCUGGCCACUGUCCCGCAAUCCUUAGGUGAUAUUGAUCAUGAAGGUCGCGCGUCUGGAACAUCUACAUGUAAUGCUGUGGGAGCAUACUUUCUCUUAUGGUCUAUAAAAGUGGUGAAGAGAACACCAUCUGCCACUGUCCAGCAAAAUGCUUUUGCGCAGGAUAUCUUUGACCGGAUUCGGGAAUGCACAGGGAUGAAGUCAAGUUUAGGCCACUUAAGUAACAUUUAACUGGCUACAUCAUGUUCUAUCAUUAUCAAAAAAAAAAGGCAAUCC